UUCAUUGACGUGCUGUUUGCUAUAUCCUGUAUUCUUCAGUCCCGAGCGAGCCUCUGCACGCUCGUGAUCACGGAUUUUGUGUUGGUGGCUUCUCUUGAGCAAAACAUAUUCAAAAACUUAGAAUUUUUGACAGUGACUGAAAAAUAUUUCAAAAUAAAAUAAAUCAUACUUUAGAAGAAUUUGGUGAUUGAAGUUGGAUGACAUCUACGAUUGAUAAUUAAACAACUGUUGAAUCAUUCCCAAACUUCAAGCAACAAAAAUAAUGGCAAGGCAGCAAACAGCCGACAGGAACAUUCCCCAUCUCCGAGACAUCUUUGGAUUCGGUAAUAAAUGGGAGAACACGCGUCUCCAAGCUGAAGAGAAGGCACCAGGACACGACAGUGCCGUGUCUGUCGGUUCAACUUCUGGUGAAGAAGAGAGUCCUAAGAACAGUAAGAAGAAGAAGUCGCGUCGUCGUGAUAACAGCAAGACUUUAACAGAAAGCGAUGUAAAACACCUGGAGAGACACCUAUCCAUGAAAAAAACAAUCCGCAAGAAAAUCAUGCGCGACCUGCAACAGGCAUUCGUCGAGGACCCGAACGAGUUCCGGGUAGACGAUAUACCGCCAGAACAGCUCAAGGCGGAAAUCAAUAUUCAGAGCCUGAGUUUUGGAACACCAUCGCAGAAACAGGGACGCACACGUGGCAACGCGGAGAACACGUUCCUAGACAUGCUCCGUGCUGGAGGUGGUCUGGAAAAGAACUCUGGUGACGGAGACAGAGAUUCUGGACACGGUGGCUCCCCCACUAGAGAAACUCCCAAUGCACAAGAUACGGAUGACGAAUCUAGUUACCCCUAUGAUACACCAGUUGCAACGCCAUCAAAGAAAAGCGGCAACUUUUGGAGACGUUUCACCAUGAAGAGCCGUAACAAGCGGUAAAUCCCCCGAACGAACGUUGACUCGAUCACUACCAACUUAAUUUCCGUUUCUGUAACUAUACCAACUUAGUUAUUCGAGCAGAGCUUGCAACUGUGAUAUAUAUACGAGAGAGGAAACCAAGUUGUCUCGUGUGAGCACACUUCCCCAAUUUUUUUUUACUGGAUCUCGAGAAAUUUCCGAAGCCCCUUUGCACAAGUGAACCAAUAUUAUUAGACAAAUUUUAUACAUCAAGGUAUUAAUAUUAAUAAAUUCUCUUGCAUAACUAUAAUACUAAAUUUUACAAAUUACAAGUCACUCAAAAUCGUAGAAUUAUAAUUUAAAAAUUAAAUAAAUUACAAUAAUAAUAUUGGUUGACAAAUCAUUAUGCGAAAAGACCCAGAUCUAACUGCAAGAAUACAGGACCAAUAAUCUAAAAAAAAAUCUAAAAAAACAAAUCUCUCAUAAUCAAAAAUCACCAUCUUACAUAUCAGAACAAUAUUUUUGGAGUUCCUUUUGAAAACGCUUUUUGGCUGAAGGUUUUUGCGAACAAUCUUUGUAAAUAACGAUUUAAAGCGUUACGAAUGAUGACUGAAAGUUCUCUGAGAUCCUACUGACUCCAUAACGUUACACGGAACCCCCUUUGGUGUGUACUUAAAGUAAUAAUUAAUUAAUUAAGGAAUGCAGCGAGGAUAUCUAGAGCGUAAGGGUAGCUAGUUUGAAUUAUUUUUUUUUAUAUACAUAUAAUUUCUAAGAUAAGGACGAGGAAAACCAGAUGGAAAUAACAAGUAUGCACAGCUCUUUCAUCAUACCUGUACAUUGUUAGUGUUAGCUAGUCAAGCAGGUUUUGCAAGAGGAUCGACAUACGAAGUAUUCUAAAACAAUUCGUCCUAAUUUGAUACUGCUAUUUUUUUGUGCAAAUUUGAUACAUUUAUUAUAUUUAUCACACACGAAAACGUUUAGGACUAAUAUACAUAUAUUUUAAUAUGAAAAUAAAAUUACGUUUGGAAGAGAAAAAAAUGUUCAAACGAAAACGAAAAAUUUAGAAUUAUCUUUUUGGACUGAAAAAGAGCACAAUGAAAAAGGGAGCAUCUUUUUAUAUCGUAAAAUAUAAUCUUCGAUUCUCCGAGAAAAUCUGAAAACAGAAGUAUAAAUAUUCCCAACUAAUAAGCGAGAUAUAUACAUUAUUAUGCAGUUCGAUAUUUAUUGUAUAACGAUGUUGAUGUGAAAUUCCAUUGUUCCUAUCGUUCUUGGAUACCUUUUACGACGUCGAUGGCAUUUCUGUGCUUUUACAAGAGCAUUAGAAUCGCUAUUAAUAAGAAACAUUUACCUGGUAUGAACUGUUACUUGUAAAUGUAUUAUACUCAAGGAUUAUGAUAUUAGAUGUAAAGAUAGCUAUUAAAUAAAAGUUCUUUAUGAACGUUAA